AUGAUGAUGAAGAUGAAUAAUUAAGCAUUGCAAUUUUAACCACUAUAAAGAAGGGAAUAAGAUUACGAGUAUGCUUGUAUGUAAACAUAAACAGUUGGAUCAUGUAGGUUUUAGAUGGAUUCAUUCUCAAAAGAUAGAAAUGAUAGUGAUGAUAUUUAUUAUAGAGAAAAAAGAUCUUAAUUCAUUGAAAAUUUCAAAAAUAUUGAAAAAACUAAAGAAUAUGGUGAAAAACAUUAUAGCAUUGGAUGUUAGAAGGAAAAUUUCUAAUCUUUAGUUCAUUUAAAUGGAUUCUAUAUUGAUUUAGUUAAUCAUUCAAUUACUAAAGGUAUAUUAAAAGAAGAUUUUUUGUCUUCAAAAUUUAUGCAUUCUAUAAAUAACUCAACUGAAAUAAUUGCUGUUUUAGCACUAAUUAGUUUACCAAAUGAAGCCCCAGUUUAAGAAUAUAAACAAUUUGAAGGAAAGGGGGUAGAAAUCAUCACAAAAUGUUCUGCUUUAUUUUUAUGAAAGAAAUUAAAGAAAGCAAAGCAUAAUUAAGAUAAGACAUUUUGAUAGCUUAAAGAUUUUUUGAUCCAAAAGAUAGAUUUAUAAAAUCAGAAGAUGAUCCAGAAUUAUAAUUAGAAAAUGAUAUAACUGAAUGUUUAAUUGAUAAAAUUUAUGGCUGUAAAGUCAUCAUUACUAAUUGUUCAUCAACAAGAGCUGAUUACUAAGUUUUAUUAGAAUUACCUAAUGGUGCUAUUCCUGUUUAAACAGUAUUUUAUACAAAGUCUUUUACAAUUAAUUGUUAACCAUAUACAACUUAAAGAAUUGAAUACUUUUUUAUUUCCCAAAAGUUGGCACAUUUUCUGUAUAUCCAGCAAAUGUUUCUAGACUUGGUUAAAUUGUAAGUGUUGCUUAAGAAGGCUAAUUGAAAGUAAUUGAAUAAAAAUCAAUUAAAAAUUUAGAAGCUAUUGAAGAUAUCUUAGCCAAAGGUAAUAAGGAUGAUAUUUUAAAUUUCUUAGCAACUAAAAAUAUUUUUAAUAGAAAUAUAUUCAAAGCUGAAGAUAUUAGAUAUUUAUUAAAAGAUAAAGAUUUCUAUUUGAAAGUAAUUUCAAUUUAUCGUAAGAGAAGAUUCAAUGAUUAUGAAACUUUAAAAUAUUCAAUAUAUCAUGCUGAUUAAUAGAGCAUGAAAGAAUUAUUCCUUCAUAAUAAUUGUUAAGAAUUAUUUAAUAAAACUUUCAAAUAUUUCUAAUGUUCUCUAUUUGAAGUUAAUAAUAUUAGAAUGCUUGAAUAUUAUCCUUUAAUUUCAAAGAGAGUUCAUAAACUAACAUCUGAAGCUAAAGGAAUUUUAAAUGUCGAAUUUAGAAAUUAAUAUAUUGAUUUCUUGACUUAUUUAGUUGAAAAACCGAAACAUAGUUUAAGUGAUAAAUUAGGAUUUAUUUAUUAUCUAUUGCUAUAAGAGAGAAUCAAUGAAGCCAUUUAAAUAUAUAAAACUAUAACUGAAGUAGAUACUUAAGGUGAAGCCAUCUUAUAAUAUGACUAUUUCACAGCCUAUCUUGAUUUUUAUAUAGGAUAUCCAAAUUUUAGUGAAGCAAGAGAAAUCUGUGAAAAAUAUUUAAAUUAUCCAAUUAUUCAUUGGAGAAAUAUUUUUUAUGAUGUAGCUAAUUUAUUGGCUGAGUAUGAUGGUGAUGAUGAUGAGAAUUAAAAAUUAUAGACUGAAACUACUGUUAAAUAGAAAUAGACUGAAUAAGCCAAAAAAGAAGAAACUUUAUAAUCAACUAUUGAAGGAAAUCAAAUUUAAAUAACAUAUUCAAAUUUAAAUAAAGUCGUCAUAUAAUUUUAUAAAAUAGACUUAGAAAUUUUAUAUUCAAGAAAUCCAUUCUUAAAUUGGAAUGAAGAAGAUUUUGCAUUUGUUUUACUUAAUUCUGUUUUGGAGACAACAUUAGAAGCUUAAUAAUAACCAGGAUUGUAAAAUAUUUAUUUUAUAGGACUUAUAAAAAGUCAGUAACUAUUCCUGAAGAACUAAGAAAAUUUAAUCUUAUUAUUUAAAUAAAAGGUAUUAGUAAACGAACAUCAAAUCGUUAUUAUUCUACAUCUUUGUAAGUUUAGAUAAUUGAAAAUUAUGGUUAAAUUAGGGUUUCAGAUUCUGAAGGAAAAUAUUUAUCAAAAGUUUAUGUGAAAGCCUAUAUUAAGGAGAAAAAUGGAAAAGAAUUAUUCUAUAAAGAUGGUUAUACUGAUUUAAGAGAGGAAGAUUUGAUUAUGCUUCUCUAAGUUCAUCUAAUUUAGAUGAGGCUUCUAAAUUUUCAUUAUUAAUCACAAGUGAUGAAUAUGGUAUUUAUAUAUUAUAAAAAUAGGAUCAAUUAUAAAGGAAAUUAACGCUCCUUCUCAAGUUGGUAAAUUUGAAACUGAAGUUAAACUUGUAUCUAAUAAAUGGAAUGAAAGGGCAAUAAGUGAAUAGGUCAAAUAAAAUAAUUUAUAUGAACAGAAGAAAUUUAAUAAAUGUCAAUGAUCUAUCAUUUAAUCAAUAAAUAUAAUAAAUAAUUUAUUUUAUUAUUAAAUUAAUGUUUGAAAUAAUAACUUUAAAUGAUGUUAUAGGAAUUAGUGCUACAUACUUACAUAAUUAUUAAUAAAUGUUGAUUAAAAUAAUAAAAGAAAAGUAUGAAUAUAGGCCUUUGAAAAAUUAUGGAUAUUGUGUCAAAAUACUUGGUGUAAAAACAUCUGAUGGUCAUAUCUAAGAUGGAGAUAUUUUAUAUUCUGUUAUUAUUGAAAUACUAAGUUUUCAACCCAUCUAGUCUGAAUUAAUAUAUGGGAAAAUAGAUGAUUAAACAGAAGAAGGUUUGACUGUAAAAUUCUUAGAAAAUAAUAUAAAUAAAAAAUGUUUAUUUGGAUUUAUUCCAAAGGAUUAGUUAUUAAAUGCUAAAUUUGAUAAAGAAAAAUAAGUAUGGAUUUGUUGCUGUGAUAAAAAGAAAUUUUAUUAUAUAAAAGGAGAAGAAAUUAAAUUUAAAGUUAAUCAAUUAAAUUUUGACACAGCUGAUUAGAUUUAAUAAAUUAUAUAAGGUAGAAUGAAUGAGAUUGGACUAGGUGGAGUAAAUUGGUGGAUAUGA